AUGGAACUAUUACAAGCCUCGUCGACUCGUCCACGCCUAUCCGACUUUUUCGCCAGCCUUCUUUUAAGUUUAUUGAUAUACUCCCCGACAGCGCAGGCGAUAAGUACUCUCAACGCCUUCACCGAUGCGAACUGUGUUUUCCGGCCGCGCAGUCCACAGCCGGGACAUACAGAUGGAGAAUGUCAGAGUAUAACAACGCCAAAUACUAUUUCCGUCAGUAUUGAUUCGUUGGAUCCAGGAUGUGAGGUCACAAUCUACGCAGAUCUAUACUGUUCCCAAGAACCUGCCACAAAGGAAAUCAAUGUUGGCGACUGCGCGAACCUCAAUGGAAUGCUCGUUAGAAGUUUUUCAGUCGAUGGAUGUCCCCCCGGAACACCGGAUUACACAGAUCUUUUGGGGAACUAUACAACCACAACAUCUUCCAGUAGUAUUCCUUCGGCUACAUCCAGCAGUAUACCAUCUUCAACUGCCACACAAACUUCCGCACCAUCUACGAGUUCAGGAAAUUCGAAUAGAGCAGCAAUUAUUGGAGGCGCUGUAGGCGGCGGUAUCGGGUUAUUUAUGGCGGUUGUUUCGUUACUGGGGUGGCUGCUAUAUAAAAGGAAUUUUAAGAAUCAAGGACGCAUAGAAACGGGAUGGCCUAAUGCGGAUGGUGUAGGAUAUGGCCGAUACACUGGCGACGGGGGACCAGGUCCUAACGGCUACGACACAAGCGGAAACUACCUAGGAAUUAAUACUUCACAAGAUAUUGGAGAAUUGGAGGCAAAUAGUAAUAGUAGGAGUAAUAUUAAUAUUGGAAAUACAUAUUUCAAAGGUCAGGGCAAUCCAAAGAUGGGGCGGAAAAGGACAGGAGGAGCGACGAGAAGUGCUAGUGGCAGUGGAAUAUUUGAGAACCAGGUUGCAGAUGAUGUGCCGCUGAGGGAAAUCCCAAGACAGGAGUUAGAAGCACCGGUGCCGAUACAGUCAAACAGGAGAGAGCAGCAGCAGCAUGGCAGGACGUUUAGUCUAGGGAGAGAGAGAUUACCGGAUAUGCCGAGGGUUCCAGGGGUAGGAGAGUAA